AUGUUUCGCAGGUUUAUAAACUUGCCGCUUAAACGACUGUGGGUCUGUCAUCAACCCAGUCCGUUCAUCCAACCUUGGCCACUGGUCCAGAGCAAUGGAUCUCCAUUUGGUCAGCAGCAAUCGCCUACCAUCUUCCAGGAUCAUUCGAUGUCCUACGACAUUCUCACCAACGAUCUCAGCGAACCGGCCUCUUCAUCAUCGAUAAGACAGGUUCCGCAGAAGGUCCGCAUUGUGGGUGAAGUUCACAGCCUCAAAGUCUGUGGACACAGACAGCCUGGUAACUGUCUUUUUAUCAGUCAGAAAGGACGCCUCUACCACAAGGAAUCGGGCAGGGGCAGAAGGGAAUCUCGCCCAGACGUCAGCCAACGAGCUCGGUAUUUCAAGGAAAGAUCCAAUAGCAAAGUCAGCAAUCGCCUGAGGGAACUGAUGAACGAGGGAGUUGACGGACUAGACAAGGGAUUUAGAAAAAACGAAAGGAUUAUCCAUAUGAAGAGGUCUCCCAAGAAAAAAUACCCGACGAGUCCCUCCUACAGUUCAUAUUAUGAUGACAAGAAGGCAUACCUCGAGUUUCAGGAACCCAAACGAACAUUCAGGAAUUUUGUUUCCACGCUCAUGGCAAAGGGUAGAAAAGUAAGGCAACAAUUGCAGGAGGGAAAGGAUGCCGAUCUUCUGAGGUAUCACUCGGGGAACAAGGACCUAAUAAAGCAUUAUCACUAUAAAUCUAAAAGGAGAAUUAUGCAAAGGCAGCUGAAGGCAAAGCCACGAGUUCCAAUAGCCAAAUAUAAAGACGAUUCUAUAGAUUGGACUCUCCUUGAAGACUUCAAUCCACAGAAGCAAGAUGUGAAUACGUUGGGUAAAGAUGUACUUGUUCCGUUAAAAACAAAAUCCAGAAGUGCUGAAAGGGCAAAAGGCAAAGAAAUAUCUUCACAGGACAAGUCAAUACUCCCACAUUCAUGGGAAGUAAUAAAGGCACGUGAGGAGAAGCUCAUUAGCAAAGCCAAGAAGGAAACUAAGAAUCGCCUUCCAUGUAUUGACCAACAAAGUGUGAGUCAAAUUAAAAACAGAUAUAUAAGCGAAAAAUGCAAUGAACUACAGGUGCCUUUAUCUUCUGCAGAACAGAAAUUGGAUUUUAAGAGGGUGAACGAAAAUAUCAUGGAAUCAGGUUCAAAUAAUUCCGGAGUUCAGAAAAACGGGUCAGGACUCAAAAUGAUCGACCCGGGUAGUCAAAAACUAAUGGGCUUCCAUGACAUUUUUAAAAGCAAAACUCUCAAACGUCCGUCGUCACACUCGGAUAAUAGUUCGGAAAAGAAAGAAUGCAAAGCUGGAAAGAAACCACCAAAUACCACGGAAUGUAUUUUCAAAGUGCCUUAUCCACGUUCGUAUGUUGCAAACUUGGAAAACGGAUCACAAUCAAGUCAAUGGGGUCGCCAGAUUCAUGAAAAUCUUGGCAGUUUCCCAGAAAAAGAUUCUCACAAAGAAAGCGCAAAGGCUGGGAAAGAAAACGACGUCUCAGAGGUUUUUGCCAUGUUAGAAGAUAAAGACAAGCUGAAAUUUCGAGUAGCAGAGCUAAUGGCUAGGUGUAUGUUCCUGGUGGAGAAAAGAACGCAACAGGAUUCGGAAGGUAGUACAAUCAGCAAUGGACAUGUCGACGAUAAGGACAAAGUUCAUCACUUAGUUGCAAAUUUCUGGAGGCAUUACACGCAGUGUUGUGAGAGUCAGCAAAAGGAUGAUUGCAGGUGUUCGAAGUCGUCAAUGUUGGGAAACACGCAAAAAAGCGUAUUAGAGAAAGUAAAUAUUAUUAUUAAGGAGUGCACACACAUUAAGGAGGUGAUCGAAGGGCGGUCUCUAAAGAACCAAUGCAUUAAAGAAGGCCCUAACCAAAGUAUUGAAGAGGAAUUCUACAAAACGAAGGCUAAGCUAGAAAAAAUAAAUGCUAACGAAAAUCUUGAGCCAAAUUCUAAAGAGCACGAUCAGAAAGAAGACUGCGCCAUUAAGUCUCUAAAAAAAAAGUGUCAAGAAAGAAAGAAAGUUUUUGAAGAAUUAUUGAAAAAUAUGUCUCUAGAGUGUAAAACGUCCGAUAAAUACGAGCAAGACCUUUUGCAAAAAAUGAAACUUGUAAUAGAAGAAUUGCAAAGAAAAUUAGCAGAAGACAAGCAAAGCAAAACAAGCAGUAAGGGUGAUCAAAAGAAUCCAUUAUCUGAAAAUAAGUGUGCAGAAGAAUUAAAAAGAAAAUGUGCUGAAGAAGAACUGAAGAAAAAGUGUGCCAUUGAAGAAUUAAAGGAGAAAUGUGCUGAAGAGAAACUAAGAGAGAUGUGUGCAAUAGAAGAAUUGAAGGAGAAAUGUGCUGAAGAGAAGCUAAGAGAGAUGUGUGCAAUAGAGGAUCUAAAAUAAAAAUGCGCAGCUGAAGAAUUGAAGGAGAAAUGUGCCGAGGAAAGCUUAAAGAAAAAAUGCGCAGAAGAAGAAUUAAAGAAAAAAUGCGCAGAAGAAGAGUUAAGAGCCAAAUGUACAGAACGUGAAGUUAAGAAAAAGAGUGCAGAGCAAGAAUUAAAGGAAAAAAGUGCAUUAGAAGAAUUUAGGGAGCUCUGUGCAGAAGAAGAAACAAAGCAAAAGUGCGCGGGGCAAGAUUUUAAGGUCAAAUGUUCGGGGGAAAAACUCAAAGAGAGAUGCGCGUUGGACGAGAAACAAAGGCAAUACGAAGAAUCUUCCCUAAGAAAGAGAUGUGCUGAAUUCGCGCUAAAGAAGAAGUGUGAAAAUAAUAAUAAAGGAGACAAUUUAAUGGAUUUUAAGGAUUCUAAAAGGAAAUGUGCCGAUGAAAAGUCCAAGGAGAACUUGACCGAAAAAGAUCAAAAUCUCAGCACAUUAAGAAAACUAAAAAAGAAAGUUGGACUUACGGGAAAGGGAAAUAUGUAUAAGUUUAUAUCAACGAAAGCCCAUAAGUGGUAUGAGUCGUUUGGAAGACGAAAAAAAAUCGUAGAAGAGGACAUUCAAAACUGGCAGGAAACGAAUGAAGCUAGGAAGUGGCUUUUUAAACAAAGCGAACGGGGAGUUGUAAAGAAGUUUUGGGACAAGGAAUACAAGGCGAAGCGAAACAAGGGACUUCCACUCAAACAAAAUUCGAAGCACGAAGGGUUAGGCUUAGGCACCUUCUUAAGAUCUGCGCUUUCAAGACCCAGGAGAAGACCACUACGAGGAUUGGAAGACGACCACUGUAGGGAUUACAGGGAGCGGCUUUUCAAUCCACGUCUGUGGCCUUUAUUUCCCGGUCUUGCUCCUAUGAACUACAAAACUUUAAGGCGGAGUCCUGUGCUGGAGGCCAACUUCUUCAUCCGCCAAUUGCUUCCCGUCCUGAAACCACUGGCCAUCAAUGAUUACCUGGGUGUGUACUGGCUCCAACGCAUAACUUCCUCUAGCCCUUUCGGCAAACGCGGCUACAAAAGGGACGAUCUCUGCAGGGGGUCGUCCUCUUUGUAUCCCUUUACCGAAAUUGGUAGAAGGAAUUCCAUAGAUGAGCGCCAGUAAAAAAUAAUCACAAAAAACGGCAGUGCGAAGAGAUCCCGAUGAGGUGCUACUGUGUGAUGGUGCCAACAUACAAAUACAAUUAUAAAUUAAAGUGUAAAUAAACAGCAACAUGAAAUAGUAAAUAAAAUCAAAACUACUUUAAAA